UUCGUUCAAUAGCUCUCACCCUUUGCUCUCCCCUCCUUCCCAGCCCAGUGAGUCUCAAAGAAAAAGGCAAAGCCCCGCCCCUGGGGCGCAAGGGGUGGGCUCGGCCCGGCCGAGGGCGUGUCGGCUGCGGGGCGGGGUCCGACCCGAACGGGCUUCUCUCCGCCGAGGCGCCUCGGGCUUCCCUGGGCUAGCAGGAGGCGGCGGAGGCGGGCGCUGGACACUGGACGCUGCCCAGCCUAUGGAGAAAGCCGCUGGAUUCUGAGACUGCGGCGCGCAGGAGGCGAGCUCGGCCCCGGGCUUGGUUGGCUGGGGUCAGCGUCUAGGGGCUGCACCGGGAGGCUACGCGGGUCCCCUCUGUCUCCGCCAUGGGGGACGUGCUGUCUACGCACCUGGACGACAGCCGCCGGCAAUACAUCUCAGAGAAAACUGGGAAGAUUCUGAAAGAUUUCUUCCAGUUCUAUGAAGACCAGUAUGGAGUUGCUCUCUUCAACAGCAUGCGCUAUGAGAUCGAAGGUACUGGGGGGCCACAAGCCCAGCUGCUCUGGCGAAAGGUGCCAUUGGACGAACGAGUCAUCUUCUCUGGGAACUUGUUUCAGUACCUGGAAGACAGCAAGAAGUGGAGGAAUCGCUUCAGUCUCGUGCCACACAACUAUGGGCUCGUGCUCUAUGAGAACAAGGCUGCCUAUGAGAGACAGAUCCCACCACGUGCCAUCAUCAACAGUGCAGGCUAUAAAAUCCUUACCUCAGUGGAUCACUAUCUGGAACUCGUCAGUAACUCUUUGCCAGGGCCAGCUCCCAAAUCUGGUGCUGCUCCAAUUCUGAAGUGCCCUACCCAGUAUCCCCUGAUCCUCUGGCAUCCGUAUUCUCGACACUAUUACUUUUGUGUGAUGACAGAGCCUGAGCAGGAGAAGUGGCUGGCCGUGUUCCAGGACUGUGUCCGACACUGCAACAAUGGCAUUCCCGAGGAUUCCAAGGUGGAGGGCCCAGCGUUCACCGACGCCAUCCGCAUGUACCGGCAGUCCAAGGAGCAGUACGGCACCUGGGAGAUGCUCUGUGGAAACGAGGUGCAGAUCUUGAGCAACCUAGUGAUGGAGGAGCUGGGACCUGAACUGAAGAGUGUGAUAAGUCCCCGAAUGAAAGGCAAACCCCAGGAGAGGCAAAGGCAGUGGAUACAGAUCUCCGAUGCUGUGUACAGGAUGGUCUACGAGCAGACCCAAGCCCACUUUGAGGCUGUGGCCGCCAAGUGUGAGAUGGCCAGGCCAGCCAUGGAAAGCGCUAUCCGCACAGAUAUGGACCAGAUUAUCACCUCCAAAGAGCACCUGGCCAGCAAAAUCCGAGCUUUUAUCCUCCCCAAAGCUGAGGUCUGUGUCCGAAACCACGUGCAGCCUUACAUCCCCUCCAUUCUGGAAGCCUUGAUGAUCCCCACCAGCCAAGGCUUCACUGAAGUUAGGGAUGUCUUCUUCAAAGAGGUCACAGACAUGAACCUGAAUGUCAUCAACGAGGGAGGAAUCGAUAAACUUGGAGAGUACAUGGAGAAGCUUUCCCAGCUAGCGUAUCAUCCAGUCAAGAUGCAAAGUUGUUAUGAGAAGAUGGACCAGCUAAAGCUUGAGGGUCUGCAGCAGCGGUUUGAUGUGUCCAGUGCCUCUGUAUUCAAACAGAGAGCCCAGAUCCACAUGCGGGAGCAAAUGGACAAUGCUGUCUACACCUUUGAGACACUCCUACACCAGGAGCUAGGAAAGGGACCCACCAAAGAGGAGCUGUGCAAGUCCAUCCAGCGCAUCCUGGAGCGGGUGCUGAAGAAAUAUGACUAUGAUAGCAGUACAGUACGGAAGAAGUUCUUCCGGGAAGCCUUGUUGCAGAUCACCAUCCCAUUCCUGCUGAAGAAACUAGCCCCUACCUGCAAGUCGGAGCUCCCAAGGUUCCAGGAAUUGAUCUUUGAAGAUUUUGCCAGGUUCAUCCUGGUAGAAAACACAUAUGAAGAGGUCGUGCUACAGACGGUCAUGAAGGAUAUCAUGCAGGCUGUGAAGGAGGCGGCCGUGCAGCGGAAGCACAAUCUCUACCGAGACAGCAUGGUGAUGCACAACAGCGACCCCAACCUGCACCUGCUGGCGGAGGGCGUCCCCAUUGACUGGGGAGAGGAGUACGGCGGUGGCCCCGGGGAGACGGACCUGUCCGCGGAGAAGAGGCGGCGGGCAAAGCAGGUGGUGUCUGUGAUCCACGAUGAGGAGGCCGGGCUGCCCUAUGAGCCAAGCCCGGAGGCGCUGUCCCCAGGCGCGCCGCCCCACCCCACCUCCCCAGACAGCGUCUCCGAGCUGCGGGGGCUGCUGGCGCAGGAGCUGCAGGUGGACAGCCCGCAGUCUCCUGCCGAGCCCCUCACUAAUGGCACGUCCCCCAGAGAGAGCCCCCAGCCCCCGGAGCCCGAGAGCGAGAGGAGGCCCGGCCAAGCAGCGUCUCCUCUCCACCACGCCCACCGCGAGCCGGCGCCGAUCACCCCCGGCGGGGAGGCCGUCUCUCCUGCCAGUCCCCCCCGCCGCCCCCGCCCCGAGGCGGCAGCCGACGGCGAUCGCCCCCAGCCCAGUGACCAGGAGACUGGGGAAGAGGUGUCCGGCCAGGGCGGUCGCCCCUAUGUGCAGACCACCACAGAGGACAGCACGGGUGUGCAGACUGAGUUUUAGGCCAGAGCCUCUCCUCCCCCCCAUGGAUUCUGGAUUCUGGUCAGGUGCGUGCCCGCUGUGAAGCCCUAGUGCCCCCGCCCCGCCCCCCAUCCCUCUGCCCCAGCAGUGCCCGCCCCGCACUGUGGUCCCCCACGGGAGCCAGCCAGGCUGCACUCAUCACUGUUGUAAACGUGUCUUGUUGAAGGACAGGGUGAGGGGAGAUGGGAGCCCCCCUGCUGAGCAGCACCCAGUUCUUUUCAGACCCCAUGGGGCUCCCCUUUCCCUCUGCCUCUCCAUGGACAUAGAUGUUUAUAGAUCAGCGCCCCCAUGGGAGAGAGGGCCCCUCAGUCAGUCAGGUAAGGGGGGACUCGUAAGGGAAACACCGGCCUGGCGCCCCCCCACCCCCACCCCCACGGCCCUUUUUCUGUUCGAGCUUGAAAGGGAGGGAGGCAGAAGGCAGCGUCUGACGGGCCACAGACUGACUGUUGAGCUUCUCCCUGCCAGCCGGGCAGGGCAGGCUGAGAGUCGGAAACAGGGCUUUGCCCCUGGUAGCGGCCAGGUGAGGCUCUCCCCCUCCCCAGCCCGCCUGACGUCAGGCUCUCGGUCCCAUCCCAAGGGCGGCGGUUAAGCUGCCUUCUCUUCUGGCCGCUCCUUCAGACUGUAAAAAGUGUCCUUCGUUCUCCUACGUCCUUUCUCUCCCAGAGGGGUAGGAGAGGAUCAGGAAAAAGAAGCCAGGUGCUCUAGAAUCCAUUGUUGUAGUGGGCUUGACAAUGGGGGUGCUGCUCUAGCUUCCGGGAGCCCCGAGCCCCCUCCCAGCCUCUCCCCCGACCCGGAGCGCUUUCCCUCACACGGGAAGCUCUGGUCUUUAACUGUCCCCGCUGGAGGGGCUGGCCGUGAGUGAUGUGCCCGCCGCACGGCUAGGCCAGCAGGGUACUCUCCUUCCAGAGGGAGGCGCCGUGAUGGCCUUGGCAGCUGCUGUUUGAUGCGCCUGCCUUGUUGGGAGCGGCGCUGCCAGGGGUAACGGUCUGUCUGAGCGCGCGCACACACACACACACACGCGCACACAUACACACACAAAUGCACACACACACACACACAUACA